CUCCCACGUUCCCUGAAGGCAGCGGGAUACAUUCAGCCGUUAGUAGUAAAAAGCAUGCAAAGAUGGCGGAGCUACAGAUGCUGCUGGAAGAGGAGAUUCCUGCAGGACGGAGAGCUCUACUGGACAGUUUCACCAACCUGGAAAGAGUAGCGGAGUACUGCGAGAGCAACUAUGUACAGUCAGCAGACAAGGAGCGAGCGCUGGAGGAGACGAAGAGCUACACCACCCAGUCUCUGGCCAGCGUCGCCUACCUCAUCAACACAUUGGCCAACAACGUGUUGCAGAUGCUGGACAUCCAGGCCUCGCAGCUCCGCCGCAUGGAAAGCUCCAUCAACCACAUUUCACAGACCGUUGACAUUCACAAAGAGAAGGUGGCGAGGCGGGAGAUCGGCAUCUUGACCACCAAUAAGAACACGUCCCGCUCACAUAAAAUAGUUGCUCCGGCCAAUCAGGAGAGGCCAGUGCGCUACAUCAGGAAGCCCAUCGACUACAACGUGCUGGAUGACAUUGGACACGGAGUCAAGUGGUUGUUGAGGUUCAAGGUGAACGGCCAGCAGAACAUGAAACUCGGAGUGGGUCUGUCCCGGUCCUUGCCCCCUACCCAGAAACCACCCAGCCCUCCGAGGGCAGGCAAGGGCAUCUUAGGGAAGAACUCCCCCUACAGGACACUGGAGCCAGUGCGCCCCCCAGUGGUGCCCAACGAUUAUGUCUCCAGCCCCACCAGAAACAAUAUGGCCAUCGGACAGCUUCCCAGUCCGGGCCGCACCGCCACCCUCAACCAUCGACCCCGAACAUACAGUGGUAGCAGUGGGGGCAGCCAUCCCAGCAGCAGCAGUCGGAGCAGCAGCAGGGAGAACAGUGGCAGCGGCAGCGUGGGCAUUCCCAUCGCCGUACCGACGCCUUCCCCACCUUCCACCUUCCCAGUUUCCCCGACUGCUGGACCAGCUAGCUCUUCCUCCACUGCUCCUAACUCCUCUCCCUCCCCCUCCCCAACUCCUUCCUCCUUCUCCUCCUCUUCCUCCACCACAACCUUAACACAACCCAACGCACUUUUGCCACCAAACUCACCUUCACAACACGCCGACUCGUCUCCUCAACCUAACACGCAAUCAAACGUACCCGCCAACACUUCCCCGCCCUCUGACCCCGCCCCCGACACGUCCGACGUCCAAUUGAUUGUUUUGCCUGAAGAACCGUCUCCUCUCCUUCCUCCUGCCCCUCCUCCUCCACUCUCCUCCUCUUCCUCCUCCUCAUCACCUGCCGAAGGUCCCAUCGUCCCUCAGUUCUUCAGUAUGAAUCGGCCUCAGCCCCGGCAGCAGAGUCCACAGGUCGGGGGGUCACUGCCGUACCGCCGCCCUCCCUCUGUGACUGGUCAGCCAAUCGAAACAGAGAACCAGGUCAACGGCGGCCCCUACUACAACCAAAGCCCAGCCUCCCCCCCGCCCCCCUCCAUCCUCCAGUUCAGUCCUCAGCUUCCUCUGAUGGGUUUCGUUGCUCGAGUUCAGGAGUCCAUCUCAGACGCCCCUCCUCCCCCUCACCCGGAUGCCGAGAGCCAAUCAGGGCCCGAGGAGCCCCUGCUCACUCCUCAGCCAUUGGAGGAUGGACACGAAGAGGAUGACUCUGCAGUGGUGGAGUACAGCGACCCGUACGCUGAAGAAGACCCACCAUGGGCCCCCAGAACAUACCACGAGAAAGUGGUGGCCAUCUACGACUACUCGGCCGACAAGGAGGACGAGUUGUCGUUCCAGGAAGGAGCGAUCAUCUACGUCAUCAAGAAGAACGAGGACGGUUGGUAUGAAGGCGUGAUGAACGCGUACACCGGCCUCUUCCCUGGAAACUAUGUGGAGUCCAUCAUGCACUACGCCGACUGAGGACGAAGAAGAGUGUUUUUGUUUUCUUGUUUGUUCAGUCUCUUUGUCUCCGGACAAUGUGUUGUCUCACUGCAGUUCAGUUUCUCAGAUCUGAACCAGAAUGGAAAAGUUGACUCAGCUCCAGUUUUGUUUUUCCUUUAGAUUCACACUAAUCAAUUCAGAGCAUGAGAACAAAAAUCAUAGUUCACUAAUAUUUUAUUGUGACUUUAGUUUAUUGAACAGAAUCAGAACCUGAAAGUGAGUAUGAGCGUCAGUUCAGACUUUGUUUUGUUCUGCUUUCAAGCUACAUCUGUCUCUUUAUACCCAUAAGGCCUUGCAUUUAGGGGUUCUUAAUGCUGGUUCAGAUUAUGUUCUCAAACGAUUAUUAAUAAGUUCUCUUGUUGGAGGACUGAGAGGCAUUUCAGGCAUCUUAAUGUUGUUAUUUGGUGUGAGUUUCACUCCAGACUUGUUUGGUGUGACAGUUCAACGUUUCUGUUCUUUUACAGAAGGUCAGAGAGGUCUCUUGUGAUCACAAGAAAUUUAUUUCAAGGUGCCGACAUAACAAGUUUGUUUUCUUGAAAUCACAAAAUCAUUUUCUUCAUCCUUAGCGACACAGUUUGCAUAACAAAUUCACACUCCUUCUUUUCUGAGUCAUAACUCAGUUAGAUCCAAACACAGACUUGAAACAGAUUUAGUGUGUCUUGUACUUGCAAAUAUUGAUAUCCCCAUAUCAAUAUUUGCGUCCGCUUAGAAAUCAUAGAAAAAGGACGCUCCUUAUAACUCCAGAAGCUGGCUGAAACAUUGGAAGCAAUAACAACCACCCCACAGCUGAAAGACACCUCAUCCAGUUCAUCAGACCUGGAGAGAGCACCAGAGACACCAGCAAAGCUUAUCAAGACCCCUUUCUCCAGACGAGGACUGGAACAUGAGGCUCGACCUCAAUACGAAGCUGCACUUCCCUUCACAGAUCACCUCCACAUCACUCUGACCCGACGCAGCACUCUGGUCUGCUGCUGCCGGGACAGCUCUUCUUUGUCAGUCUGGACCGCCAUCAUCUACCCAGUGAACGUAGGCUGUUGGGGCUUCACCAGCACAUCAACGUCUUUGCUGCUUCAGUACGAAGGUUUAACUGUGGCGAAGCCACCAAAGACCUUGGUGAGGAAGCAGAGAAGGGCAGCUUUUGGCUUUUAGUUGAGGAGGAAAGACAGGAAUUAGGUUAAAGAAGCGGUGGUCCCCGGCUGAUGACCCUGCAGCUGACCCCAUGGCGCUGUUGGAGAUGCGACAGGCAGAAACACUCACCUGUACGGUCCAGUUCUGAAAAUACCAAAAUAUGUCAUGUCUGGCUAAGACAUGUAGUGACUCUGUAAAGAAAAGGAGAGAAAACCAAGCAAGUGUUCAAAGGACUAAGAGACAUUUAAUGUAAGAAAGUUAGACAAGUCUUCUUUCUUAUCUUGAUGGAAGAAGCUGUGAAAACAUUCCUUCUCGUGGCGAUGACACUUUUUUUGUCACCUCAACUUCAGCACUUUUUUUUUUAUCAUGGAAUAAUAAUUUCAUUCCCACAGGAAAACAAAUCUUGUUAUGUUCAGGUCUUUUUUUUUGCGAUCAAAAGAAAAUGAAUUUAAAAAAAAGUGUGAGUACACUACAAUAUGUCUUCUCUGGGCUUCUGUAGGUUUGCCCUCUCCUACCCUCACCCCGACUCCCAACAGAGGACAUUCAGUCUUUCCCCUGAAGUGUUUAUUUUUAGUAUUACCAUGUGGGAACCCAGAAGAAAUAUGACAUAUGUCCAGUCUAAUCCCAGAGUUUAAAUAGACAGAAUGAAAGGAAGCUAUGCAAAAAACUCUUUUGCACUAAACACUAAAUUCCGAGAUUUUCUUUCUCCUUUCUUUGUUUUAUUUUUGCUUUGUCUUCCUUCCUCUGAAGCACUUUUACAGACCGGCUCUUUCUUCUGAUUGGCUUGAAACACACACAUCAGUAUGACCUUAGCUUUGGCACUUAAAGACUCAUCGUUGUUCGGUCAAGAAAAAUUGUUACUUAAUGAUACAAAUACUGAAGUUUCGUUUACUAACAAAUACAUUGUUUCCUGUGACUGCUUCACAAUAAAAGCCACCCAGUGUUUUGCCAGUUUUUUAAUGUGAAGCAGCAACAGAAACAGUCGUGUUAGCAUUAGCAGUAACUUAAGUCAGCUCUGAUACCAGAAACUAAGCUUUGUAAAUAUUCCCAGCAUUUCAAAUCCUUCAAAAAGAGAAAUCCUGAAUCUGCCAGAAUGUUUUCAGUUAUUUAUGGACAGAAGAGAGUUCAGGAUCUGGAUUUAUCCGGCGUCUCAGAGUAGGAAAUCCCUCCUAACUGGCCAGAAAUUCUCAGAGUGAUGCAUCUUUUAUUUUACUUUUAGGAUUAAUAGUAAAAGUAUUUUUAUCUUUAAAGUUUCCCCCAAUAACUGACACUCUUACUUCCACUUUUUAAAGUAACUCCUGCUGCCGAUCUUCUGUCUUUAUCUCAUCAUCUUCCUCGUUCUCCUCAACCUCACCUGCUUUCAUAUUAAUAUUGUUAAAGAUCAUACAGAUGCUGGUUUAUGUGUGGUUUUAACUACACCUACACAGGUUUCAGUGCAUAAGGAGGAUUUAUUUUAUUUAUUUUUUACGUCCCUUUUACCUUUGCCUUAACAGAUACCCUUUUUACUUUCUCAAGAGCCUUAUCGUCAUUUUAUCUGUCAAUGAAGUAAAAAAAAAAAAAAAAAAGAUAUUGAGAACUCUGGGAGAAGAAUUAGAGAUGAAAUGAAGGAAUAAGAAAGACACUAAGAGUCACAAAAGCUUUACACAAAUCAAACGGCAAUAGAAGAAAGAACAAUAACACUCAAACUCAAUGAAGGUGUGUGAAUGAAGUCAUCCUGCUGUGACGGACAGUUUUCAGUAAGAUUUGUGCCAUAAAUCUUCAUCGAUUUCCUUAACGUCACACUGAUGUGAAAUCUGUAACUUGAGCCUCUGGGUGUUAGUUUAGAGGUGAUCAAGUAUUUUACCAUGAAGAAACAAAUUACUUUAAAUAUAUCAAUGUAGAGGAAGACAAUUAUUUUUGGAUUCGGGAAGAUUGUAGUUUUCCCUAUAAUGUUGAACGUAACUCAUCUGAACUUCUAGUUUGGAAGAGAAAUCAAACAUAAGCAUUAAAACAUUAUAUCAAAGGUACCAGUGGAGUUUUUGAACAUUUAAAACUCUACACUGAUUCCCCAAAAUACUUUUAUUAAGAUAAGAUAGAUAGAAUUUUAUUUAUCCCGAUGGAAAUUGCUAGCUUUAGGAAUUAUUUACGUGUAGCUAAACAAAAGUUAACAUACUUGUAUUCAUGUUGAUCUAAAUUAAUAGGAUCAGAUCAGGUUGACGUCUUCCUCUAGGCAUCCAGUGAAGUGUUGAUGAAUUCAUACCAAACUACACCAUAAAAACUGCCAUAUUUAACAUGGAUUCACACAUAUUUGAAGUCUGACCUCUGAGCCUUUUCAUUCCUUGUGGUUUUGCUGCCUCAGCCUGUAGUCGUGUGGUGACGUGGACCUGAACAAGCCGCCUGAUGGAGAUUGUGGACCAGUUGCCAGUGUUGAAGUUUACAGUGUGUUUGCCUGCAUGCCUGAUAUAUAACUGACAUUUUUUUUUUUUAUCACAAAUACUCUUUUUCUUUGUAUUUUAUUUUUUUUCACCAACUUGCUUUAUUGUCUCUGUUUGAUCAGCUGGAGAUUGUGAUGUUUUUGUUCUGUGCUGUUUGGUUGUAAUAGCCCUUUAAAAAGACGUCCUGUGUGUUUGGACUCCAGACUGAUUCUCAGAUGGAGGUGGAUAUUUUUGUGCCAUAUAUCCAGGUGUUGUGGUUUGAAUGCAGGUGUGUGGGAGUGUGUACAGUGUGUGUGUGUGUGUGUGUGUGUGAAGCAGUAUGAACCAAACCUUCCCUUGUGGACUGAAGUGACUAUGGACCUGAAACAGUGUCUCCUUGUUGUACAGUGUUAUUUAAGAGGCACAAAAACCAGAGUAUGCCCAUCCCUGACAGGAACAUUUGUAUUCUCAGCUGUGCAUCUUAUUUUCCUGAAGAUAGAGUUGGUGUUCAGUAUGAAAAAUGUUUUGUACAACAUGUUUCCUCCUGAUGCUGCUGAAGGUUUUGUUCUUGUUGUUUGUUACAGAAGAAGAAUUCAACAGACCAGUAAAGUAGAAACACUACAGUGUUCAAAAGCAGCCACGAGUGCAUCACAUUAAAAUAUUUAACCUUUCAGUGUUCUUAGAAUUACAUAAGACAGUUUCCUGUAUUUUCUGUUCCUGAAAAACAUUAUAAUUUUGCUCCAUGCUGCUUAAGGUCAAUUAGUAUUCAUGUGAUUAUAAAGCCAUUCAAAAAAUAAUGCGAGUCAGCGUCAAUGCGCACAGCAAUCACACAUUUUAUUCAAGGAAUGCUUCUCUCAUUUAUGUUUUAUUUUUUAUAAUGUUUUUUAAAGCUGAAUGCAACUCUGCUGUGGAUGCAGAUAUGCAGAACGUAAAAGACACAGUUCAUAAUUCAAUUAUAAACAAAAUUUGACAUAAUCAGACUGAACUGCAAUUUAGUUUUCACUUUACAGUUCAGUCUGACCAUCAUGUUCAUGCUUUCUGUUUGGGAAACAACUGACCUUUUUGUCAUUGAGACAUCUUCAUUAGAUACACACAAAUGGAAGUUUAUUUCGAAAGGACACUAUGCAUGUAACAAACGUCUAUUGUUUAUUAACCCUAACCCUUUUUGAUGUAGGAAGAUGACGUUCCUCAUUCUUUAGCCCGACUACAAAGCUCUGAUUGUCUCAGUUGUUUUAACAUUCGGACAUCGACUGAAUCAAACUUUUGACAAUCAGGUUGGUUUCUCCUGAACAUGUUGGCAUACUCUGUUUUUUGUUUUGCCUGCAGUUUCCCUUUAAAAUAGAGUGGACUGCAAAAUGAGAUGAUCUGUGAAAUGUUAACAGACGGCUUCUCUUAGGCUGAUUUUACCAGGAAUCUGCUUCAUCUUUCUCCCCAGAAAACCAGCUCCAUUCUGAAUCUGAUUCCAAUUUGGGAAGUUUGUGCUCAAAUUCAUUAAAGUCUAACAAAUCUAAUAUAAAAUAUGUUGAUCUCCUUUGUUUCUUAUAUCAGCAAAAAGCAGUUUAUAAAGUGUUCAGGUGGUAACUAAACAGCAAAUAUGAGACCUUUCUGGGAAAACUUGUGUUAAGUUUUUUGAAUGUUACUGAAAAACAGGUUUCACCAGAAAUAAUGACUCACCUUUCAAAUCAAGUCUUUGAUCUCCAUCUUUUCAUCAGGACUGAAGUGAAUUCAACAUGUGAAAGUCAAUGAGAGAUUAAAGCUUUCUCCUGGAUCGUUCUUGUACACUUUAACCUGAGAGCUCUUUAAUGAGCUGUGGUUUAUCUCUCUCUCAGCAUACUGAUUGAAUCCUAAGUCUGCAUAUUUUCCUGGUAGAACGUGACAUCUGGAGAAACGUUCUACUUUCCAAACUGAACCUCGACUGAAAGCACAUCGCUCUUUUGUAAGAAAGGAAAUAAGUGAAAUUAUAAAGUAAAUGUUUUAACAGCC